AUGUCAAUGGGAAACGAAUCCAGUUGGGUAGGAAGGAAAGCCGUGAAGCGCAUUGGAGGAAUGUCCGAUGCUCUUUCGAUCGCCGCCGAUCUCGGUUUCAACGUCUCACCUUCAUCUUCAUCUUCAUCUUCAUCUUCAUCUUCAUCUUCAUCUUCCCCCCACGAACCUCCGCAGAAUUCCUCCCCAACAACCGCCGAAAAGGGCCAAGACUUAAUUAGGGUUUUGAGAGAGUUAUCUUCCGUUCAGAGGAAAAUUGCUGAUUUGCAAGUCGAACUUCAAGGACGAAAGGAUGAUAAAAAUGUUGCACAUUUGACACAUGUGAGUGAAAUGGAGAACAAGAUUCAGACUCUAGCAAGGAUUACUACCAUUCUUAAAGACGUUAUUCAUAACAAGGAUCGCAUUAUUGCUCGUCUGCAACAACCGUAUUCCCUUGAUUGCAUUCCUGUUGAAGCAGAAUAUCAGAAACAAUUCUCUGAACUGCUGAUGAAGGCAGCUAGUGAUUAUGGUGCUUUGACAGCAUCAGUGGCAGAUUUUCAAUGGAGUCAGAAUUUUAAGGAGCCUCCUUCAGUUUGGGGGGAGAUGCUUCGACCUAUUCCUGUAGCGUUGGCGUCUUGCACUCGAUACUUUGAAGCCAUGUCAGCCAAAAGAGAGUCAUUUUCAGCACUUCAGAAAAUGAGAGUGGGACAGUUUGAUUCCACUGUGCCUAGUACUCCGGCCAGAGAUCCUUCCCAAAGACUACCAGGAGUAUCUGAUUCUCUAACUUCGCUUUCAUCAGAAUAA